ACGAGGGGUGACGAUCAGGUUCGACGACAUGCUGGCCUAUAUAUUGGUCAGCUGGCUAGUGCUUGCAUGGAUAUAUUUUCUAUGGACACGAAGGCGCUACUAUAAGAUAGCUUGCCAGCUCAAAGGACCGAUUGGCUGGCCAUUGAUUGGUAUGGGCUUACAGAUGAUGAAUCCAGAAACCUUUCUUCCGUAUAUGAAUGAACUUUCUCAUAGGUAUAAGGUUCCAUUUAUAUCCUGGAUGGGUAUUAAUUGUUUUCUUUAUGUCAACGACCCACAAACUGUGGAGCAAAUCUUUAAUUCAACCCAUUGUACCAAUAAAGGAGAAUUCUAUCGCUUCAUGAGCUCAGCCAUUGGCGAUGGCCUAUUCACAUCCAGUUCUCCACGUUGGCACAAGCAUCGACGCUUAAUAAAUCCAGCUUUUGGACGUCAGAUUUUGUGCAAUUUUUUACCCAUUUUCAAUUCCGAGGCGGAUGUUUUAUUAGAUAAACUGGAUGUAGAAGGUGUGCAACGCGGUAAAAGCUUGGAGAUAUAUCAAAUCUUAAAAAAAAUUGUUCUAGAAGCCGCGUGCCAGACAACAAUGGGCAAAAAAAUGAACUUUCAGCACGAUGGUUCUAUGGCCAUCUUUGAGGCCUACAAUGGGUUAACAGAGGUAUGUGUAAAACGAAUGCUGUCGCCAUGGCUCUAUCCGGAAGUCAUCUAUCGACGGUCACGUCUGUUUGCACAACAGCAGAAGGUUGUUGGUGUACUCUUUGGUUUUGUUGGACAGCUUUUGGAGCCUAUAGUUUCGGUUGUUGCCCGCGAAGCGAACAAAGAGCAAAUGCAUCAACAAUCUAGAGUUAAAUCAAAGUCAAUUUUUAUCGAGCAAGUGAGGGAGCAUGUCGAACGUGGCCAAUUGAGCUGGCAAGAUGUUAGAGAUGAGGCUAAUGUGACAAUUGCAGCGACUUUUGAGACAACUUCGACGGCUCUUUACUUUACCAUACUUUGCCUGGCCAUGCAUCCUGUCUAUCAGGAAAGGCUGCACGAAGAACUUCUGGCCGAGCUUCCACCAUUUGGAAACAUUACCAUGGAACAUUUGGACCAGCUUACGUAUACGGAGAUGGUUAUCAAUGAGGCCAUGCGAUUGUUUGCUCCGGUUCCCAUGGUAAUUAGAAGCGCUGCCCAGGAUAUUCAGCUCCGACGCGACGAUGGUGAAUUCCUAAUACCACGCGGCACUCAAAUUGGCAUCGACAUCUAUAACAUGCAGCGAAGUGAACAGGUUUGGGGCCCAAUGGCACGUACCUAUAAUCCUGAAGCACACUUUGGCCCCGAUGCACCUCCGCGUCAUGCGUUUGCCUUUGUGCCAUUUACCAAAGGGCUGAGAAUGUGUAUUGGUUAUCGUUAUGCCCAAAUGCUUAUGAAAUUGAUUUUGGCAAAAAUCUUUCGCAGCUAUCGCAUUACCACAGCAGCCAAACUUGACGAACUCUUGGUAAAAGGCAAUAUAUCGCUUAAGCUUAAGGAUUAUCCCCUGUGUCAGGUGCAACGUAGAUAGUAGUCGCAAUUCCCACCAAUAUCACUAAGCAUUAAACUAUUUUCUGUCACUUUAUC